AUGUUUCGUCGCUCUUCCGUUGCAUUGGCUCACAACGUCAAAUCUGUCACACGUACCUUCAGCACCGGUGCCAAUGCCUCCGGCGAGGUUAAAUUUGAAUUGACAGUGCCCUAUCAAUUGCAUCGUCUUGAAGAAGGACCGUCUGAGUUUGCAAUGACGGAUCGUGAAGAAAUGAUGCAUUACUAUAAAAUGAUGUAUACUAUGCGUCGUAUGGAAAUUACAAAUGAUAAUGAAUACAAGGCCCGUACUAUUCGUGGUUUCUGCCACUUGUAUGAUGGUCAAGAAGCCGUAGCUACUGGUGUUGAGGCUGCUUUGGAUCGUACGGAUUCGUGGAUUACGUCGUAUCGUAACCAUUGUAUCAUGCUUGCUCGUGGUGCCGAAGUGAAAGAUAUCUUGGCUGAAUUGUUUGGUAAGAAAGAUGGUGCAACGGGUGGUAAGGGUGGAUCGAUGCACUUUUACAAUAAAAAGGCCAACUUUUACGGUGGACAAGGUAUCGUUGGGGCCCAAGUGCCUGUGGGAACGGGUUUGGCUUUUGCUAGCAAGUACAACCACAAGGGUGAUGGCCUUAUGCCAUGUUCCAUUACCAUGUUUGGUGACGGUGCCGCCAAUCAGGGUCAGGUGUUUGAAGCUGCCAACAUGGCUGCUCUGUGGAAAUUGCCGGUCAUUUUCUGCAUUGAAAACAAUCAGUACGGUAUGGGUACGUCUGUUGAACGUUCGUCUCACAACACGGAAUAUUACACCAUGGGCAAUAAGAUUCCCGGUAUCAAGUGCGAUGGUAACGAUGUGCUUGCAGUGCGUGAGUGCACGAAGUUUUUGAAGACAUGGUGCGGCGAGGGCAAGGGUCCUAUCUUUGUGGAGAUGAAUACGUACCGUUACCACGGCCACUCCAUGUCUGACCCUGGCGUGACGUACCGCAAUCGUGAUGAGAUCUCGCAGAUACGUGCAUCGCGUGAUCCUAUUGAGCUGGUGAAGAAGCGCAUGAUUGAGUCUGAACUUGCUACGCCCGACGAGAUCAAGGAACUGGAGAAGAAGGUGCGCGCCGAGGUCGUGAAGGCUACGAAGGAGGCCAAAGCAUCGGGCAAGCCUGAUGAGUCUUCGGCCUUUGAGGGUGUGUACUCGGACAGCCAGGGCAACAACCAGUACCCGCCGUUCAUCCGUUUCCCCGACUACGCCAAGAGCUUGUACAACGGCAAGCGCCAGUAG